CGGUGAGGCCCCGGGAAGGGAGGAGGGCGAGGGCGGCCAUUUUGAGCCGGGCCCGCAACGGAGGCUCGAUGGCCGGCCGACGGCGACCCAACGGCGGCGACUGAGGAGGGCCAUGGAUGUGCGGAGGCUGCGCGUCAACGAGCUGAAGGAGGAGCUGGCCAGCCGGGGCCUCGACACGCGAGGGCUGAAGGCCGAGUUGGCCGAGCGGCUGCAGGCGGCGCUAGAGGCCGAGCAGGGCCGCGACGGAGCGCUGGAGCCGCUGGCGGACGGACGCUAUGGUGUCCAUGGUGGCAUGCAUCAGGACAGCAUGCAAGGGUAUCACCAGGCUUACGAACGCGGCAACAUUAAACAGGAGAACGAAUCUGGGUACGAGAGGAGGCCUCUAGACCACGAUCGUCCCAGCUUGCGUCCAGACAUGAAGCUGGAAGUGAAGUCAGAGGAGCGGUCCCUGGGCUACAACACAUCUGGCUCCGGUUACAACGCGCCUUCUGGUUACGGCCCCCCGGGCCAGAACUACAAUGCUUCUGGCUACGGUUCCUCUGCCGGGAGUUACAAUGCACCUCCCUCCGGCUUCGGCUCCUCCGACUCAUCUCAGUCCUGGCAGCAGCAACCCCAGCAAGGCCGGAAGAGGCCAUUUGAAGAACAGAGGGGGCGCGGCUACUACGAACACCGAGAUGAUAAAAGGGGCAGAUCUCCACAGCCGCCCGCUGAGGACGACGAGGAAGAUUUCGACGACUCGCUGGUGGCCAUCGACACUUACAAUUGCGAUCUGCAUUUCAAAGUUGCCCGGGACCGAUACAGCGGCUACCCUCUGACUAUCGAGGGGUUUGCUUUCCUGUGGUCGGGGGCACGAGCCACGUAUGGGGUAUGGCGAGGGAGGGUCUGUUUCGAGAUGAAGAUAAACGAGGAGAUCUCGGUCAAGCACCUUCCUCCCACCGAACCGGAUCCUCACGUCGUGCGGAUUGGCUGGUCCCUGGAUUCCUGCAGCACUCAGUUAGGUGAGGAGCUUUACUCCUACGGCUACGGAGGCACUGGGAAGAAAUCCACCAACUGCAAGUUUGAAAACUACGGCGAUACCUUCACUGAGAAUGACGUCAUCACCUGCCUCGUGGACUUUGAGUGCGGCGACGACAUCGAAAUGUCCUUCAUGAAGAAUGGAAAGUGGCUGGGGGUGGCAUACCGGGUGCGGAAAGACGUCUUGGGCGGCCAUGCCCUGUUCCCUCACGUCUUGGUGAAGAACUGUGCCAUCGAGUUCAACUUUGGCCAGAGGGAGGACACCUUCUUCCCCGUUCCGCCUGGCUUCACCUUCAUCCAGCAUCUUCCCCUCUCGGAGCGAGUCCGGGGGACAGUCGGACCAAAGAACAAAGGAGAAUGUGAAAUCCUGAUGAUGGUGGGGCUCCCUGCCGCCGGGAAGACCACGUGGGCCAUUAAGCACGCGGCAGCCAAUCCGGGCAAGAAGUACAACAUCCUGGGAACAAACGCCAUCAUGGACAAAAUGAGGGUAAUGGGACUUCGACGCCAGCGCAACUACGCUGGCCGCUGGGACGUCCUCAUCCAGCAAGCCACGCAGUGCCUGAACCGCCUGAUCCAGAUUGCGGCCCGGAAGAAACGUAACUACAUCCUCGAUCAGACCAAUGUUUACGGCUCUGCCCAGAGACGAAAAAUGCGCCCCUUUGAAGGUUUCCAGCGCAAGGCCAUUGUUAUUUGUCCCACGGACGACGAUUUAAACGACCGAACAAUAAAGCGCACUGACGAGGAAGGGAAGGACGUGCCCGAUCACGCGGUGUUAGAAAUGAAAGCCAACUUCGCACUGCCCGAAGCAGGCGACUUCCUGGACUCGGUGGUCUACAUCGAACUGCAGCGGGACGAAGCGGAGAAGCUGGUGAGGCAGUACAACGAGGAAGGCAAGAAGGCCGGCCCCCCGCCUGAGAAGCGCUUCGACAAUCGGGGCGGCGGAGGCGGCUUCCGUGGCCGGGGCGGCGGCGGCGGUGGCGGCGGAGGCUUCCAGCGCUUCGACAACCGGGGCCCGGCGGGAGGAAACCGGGGUGGCUUCCAGAACCGUGGUGGUGGAGGCGGCGGCAGCGGAGGUGGAAGCAACGCUGGGGGUGGAGGAUUCAGAGGAGGAGGAGGCGGUGGCGGCAGCGGUGGCAGAGGCUUCAACAGGGGUGACGGCUACAGCCAGAACCGCUGGGGAAGCGGGAACCGUGACAGCAACAGCAGCAACAGCGUCAACAGCCGGGGCAACUACAACCGCAACAACCAGCAGCCGAGCAACUACAGCCCAUCUCGGACCCAGAACACCUACAAGAGCAACAGCAGCGCUCCUGCCCCUCCCGCCCCUCCCGCCCCUGCCCCUCCCACUAAUGCCCCUCCCACUUCUUACAAUCCAGGGCAACAGCAGAGCUACACCCAGCCCUACAACCCGCCGUCCAGCUACAACCAAGGCAACUACGCUCCGAGCUACAACUACGGGAGUUACAGCGGUUACAGCCAAAGCUACACUCAGCCGCCGCCCCCUCCUCCUCCCCCUCCGGCUCAGCCGACCUACAGUCAGCCCAACUACAGCCAGUACCAACAGUACGCCCAGCAGUGGAACCAGUACUAUCAAAACCAGAACCAGUGGCCCCCGUACUACGGCAGCUACGACUACGGGAGCUACACGGGCACCCAGCAGGGAGGUUCAAGCACCCAGUGAGGGCCAUCGAGUAGAGCGGCUGGCUGCGUCGGAUGUGGCAUUUCAGACUGUCCGGGGACCCCGGAGGGAAGUCCUUUUCUUGCCCUUGUCUCCUCUCUGUAGCUCUCGAGGGUAGCUGUGUUCUGACCCGUACAGCUGAAGGCAUGCUUCCUUCCCUUCGUCCCAUCCCCAAUGAGGAAGUGACAUUUCUUUCUUUCUCCUUGAUGAAGACAGUCCCCCCCCCUGCCCUCGCCCCCAGUAACCCUUUUUACAAUUUCUCUCAAUUUACGAGAAGCUAGAAUUCCAAGCCCUCCUGUUCUUAGGCCGAGGCCUGCCCUGGCAUAGAGGCGUCUUCAGUAGCCGGGGUUCCGCCUCUUGCAGUUUGUCCCCUCCCUCUUUCCAUCCUGCCUCACCAGACUCUGCUAGCGACCAUCAAUUCUAGGCACUUUUGGAAACUUUUCUCCACCGUUUGGUGUCCCAACUUGUCUUUGAGAUGUUUUUAUCUGUCUUUUUUUCUGCAAAUAACAAACGGGGGAGGGCGACGAGAUGGUUGUCUUAAUGGUAAUUACAACUUUCUUUCUUUCUUUUUAGAUUUUUCUGUAACUUUUUACUGUGGGUUAGCAGCUGUUCAUAGUUUCUCCGAGGUAACAAGUUCCUUUUUUUUCUUUGGCUCAAUUCAGGAGGAGAGGAAAAAAAAAAAAAACAGGGAAGGGAGAUCAUCUUAAAUGUGUAACUUUUUAUACAACGUCUAAGUUUCUGUAUCUUUGCACAUGCUUUGUGUUGAGUUGAAUUGUAACGGCUUUUUGUAUUUGGAGAACAAAAAAGAGUGAAUAUUGAACUUUAAAA